AUGAAGAAAAUUUUUGAGGUUGCCCUAGAUGCUAUAGAUUUUCUGGAGGAGCACCACAAUAAGUUAAGGUACAGAAGUGGAUUCUCAGAAUCCUCGAAGUGUGAUUAUUUGACCAACAAUGUUUCUGAGAGUUUCAAUGCUCAGAUAAGGCAUUUGAAGGGUCUGUUGCUACAUGAACUGGUUGAUGGUUUGAGAGAGCUGAUUAUGGAGAAGAGGUAUCUUAGGAAGAAGAUAGCAAGGCAGAUGGAAGAUGGAAUUCUGCCAAAUGUGAUGAAGGAACUGAAUGCAAUCAGCAUGAACCUGCGGGUUGUUAAGGUUGCCAGAAGUGAUGAAGACAUUGCAGAGGUGACCCUGAUUGACAAGUGGAACAAUACUAGGAGGCACUCUGUGGACUUGGCAAACCACAAGUGUUCAUGUAGAGAGUGGCAACUAACUGGCAAACCAUGUAGACAUACCUUGGCAUGGAUUUUGUCCAACAGAGGGAUGAAUAUUGGGGACUAUGUGCAUCAGUAUUAUUCAGUUGCUAAGUUCAGGGCUGCAUAUGAAGGAAGAGUGGAAGCAAUGCCUGACAAAUCUCAAUGGCCAACUGUGGAUCUUGGCUUUAAGGUGUACCCUCCUCUAUUGGGAAGAUCGGCAGGAAGGCCAAGAAAACAGAGGAUUAUGGGUUGUCUAGAGAAGAAGGCAACAAAAAAGGUCAGAUGCAGCAGGUGCAAAGACUUUGGGCACUUCGCCAAGACUUGCCAGAUGCCUGUGGUUGGAGAAGAUGGAGAAACAGCAACUCCAAAGAAGAGAAAAAGGCAACCUACUGAAGACACUGCUGGACCAUCACAGCAGCCACCCAAGAAGAAGAAGUCCCCAAAAAGGAAGAAGACACCAAAGAAGAAGAAGACCCCCAAGAAGAAGAAGACCCCAGCCAAGAAAAAACAGAAGCAAGCUGAAGCUGCUCCAGCCCCAAGUGUUGUUAGGAGCCUGAAAGCUUGGUUGAACAUGUCAGCUGGAGGAUCUUGAAUGUUUCAGCUGUGCAUCUGGCUUUUGUAAACUGUCUAGCUUUUGUAAUGCUCCAGCUGUGAAUCUGUUAUGUAGCUUCAGCUGUGAAACCUGUCUUGUAUGGUCAGCCUGAUAUGGCUGUUGAACCUGUCUUGUAUGGUCAGCCUGAUAUGGCUGUUGAACCUGUCUUGUAUGGUCAGCCUGA